GGUUCAGCAUUUCUACUACAUCUCAGCAUUUAUACUAUGUGUCAAUUUGAAUAUGUGUCUGUAGCUGUGCAAAGCCACCUCCUUCAGUGAAAUCCCCUGUGCAUUUCACAGCAAAGUAACAAUUUUCCUGCCUGUCAGAAGCUCAGUUGAUAUCUGGAACACAACUGAGACCGGAGACAGGUGUGUUUUUAUGCCUCGUGGGAGAAACGUAUUGCACCAAUGAUGCACUAGCUUUACCUGUCAGGAUAUGCGCUUAAAGAAUGAUGAUUUUUCAUUACCUCUUCCAUGACAUGUAAUUAUUCAUAAAUAAUGAAACAAUAACAUGUUUUGUGUAUGGCUCUUCUUAGGCACUUUAUUCUAUUGCAGAAAAAUGCAUUUGUUCAUACUGUAUUACUAUGACUGUCAGUGAAAGCUGCCAGUUCUCUCCCUAACAGUCACAAUUUAAUUUAUGGCAAUUAUGCUAAUAUAUCAGACUUUAUGCAGGAAGGAUUAAUUGAGGCAAAAAUGUUACAUAUGGUAUUUAAGCAACACUAUACAUUGCAAUAUAAAAAUAUGAAACCUCACACAGAAACAACAGCAUGACACAGCAGAUUAUUUCCAAUAAUGUUCAGCAGUGACAAACACACCGUCUGGGUUCCCUGUCACACAUAAUGUUACUGUGAUGAUACAGGGUGAGGGUGCUCGUGAAUAAUAGAGAAAGUGAGAAUGAGAGAGAGAGAGACUUGGGUGUGUGAAAUGAAUGAGGGUGUUAUUUUUAGACAAAUGUUCAUCAUGGCCUCUCUCUCUCUCUCUCUCUCUCUCUCUCUCUCUCUUUGGCUGGCCUCAUAGCUACUCUCUCUCGUGCUCUCACGAACGCUUAGUGUGGGAUGAAGAAGUAGGAAGUGAAAAGCAGAUUUACAACCCAAGAAGAUGGACACAUAAGAAAGAAAAGCAAAACAAUAGUGACAGCAUUGGGCAGGAAUUGUUGCUGGAUGAACUGCCUCUUUGUCAUUGCAGGAAAAUGUCCAUCACAACAAGUCAUUAAGUCUCAUGUCGAGUCCUUUUCAAGUCAUCCUGAUGGGAUGAGAGAUACAGUGAGUCAACUUGUUUCAGGGAAACUGCAGGAAUAGUGCAAAAGUAUUUUGGCAAACAGUCAAGAUAAGGUGAUUCAAUCCAGUAAGAAUGACAUUCAGUUCUCUCUUCUGCAGUGAUUCACACUACAAAUAUAUUUAAUUUAAACUGCUUGAUUGAAUAAUAACUGUAAAAUGUGCAAAUAUUACACAGAUUUACUAUUUGAGGAUUUUCUAGAGAUAAAGAAAUGUAUGUUUUCUCAGUGCACAAUAAGAUACCUUCUCAGACAAACAUCACCCUCUUUGUUUUACUUUAGACAAAACAGAAUCAGUAAUCUUGUCUGGCACAUGGGAGCCUCCAUAAUGCAGACAUCUGUCACUUAAAUGCAAGCAAAUGAUUGAAUAGUCCUGGGGCAGAGAGAAAGGAUAGGUGGGGGAAGUGAUGAAUGUGUGUGUGUAUGUGUGUGUGUGUCUCUGUGAAAGGGAGUGCAAGACCCCAAACAUCUGUUAUCCUAUUCAGAGAAAAUGGAUCGUCAUUCUUGCCCAAAGCAGACUGAUUGGCCCUACAACAUCUUGUCUGGCAAUUAAAGUGUGAUUACAAUAGAGAGCAGUCUUGUUUCUGAGCAGAUCAAGAUACAGUGUUGUAAAAGCCUGUUGUGACAGAAGCAAAUGGAUUGCACAGAGGUAGGGGCCUGAGAGCUGUGGUUACUGAAGCCUUGACAGAAGCUAAAGUCCCUGCCAUAAAACUUUCAGAGCAGAGCAAAUCCUCACUUUCAAUCCAAGUCAAUCCUUGGCACUUCCUGCAAAUGUACUUGUUAUUUUACUCACACAGGGAUGAUGUGUACGACAUCAGCCCACCUUCUUUGUAGUGUAUCCUCUGAACCACUUCAGAUGUGUAUGUACUUAUUCUUAACAGGUAAUAACAGAACUACUAAGGGCCAAGAAUUUAAAAAAUCGAAAUGACUGGUCAGAUGAGUCUGGCCCUGUGCAAUAUAAUUCAACUAAAGUGAAAAUGCCUUGACUUCAUGAGGAGCUCAGGAGAAUCUGUGUUUCCAAACAGAGUAAAUGAUCCUUAUUAACUAGUUCCAGUGGAAACACACACAUGAACCUGUUUUCAAACCAAAUCCUCUCUAAUUUCACAUUUCCAUUCCCUGACAACACAGAUUCAAACAAAUUCUGGGAGAAAUUAGUUGGCGGGCAGAACUCCAAAUGAAAUGUAUUUAUCCCCUGACAGCAUUAAGUACUGUAAGGCCUAUUCUCCCCUCUCCAAACACUAAAUAGUUUGGCAAAUGCUUUUUUGGGCAUCUGUGGAGGAAUUCUGUGCUCCAGCUCCAGCUACAGUUUGGGGUUUUGUGAGAGAAAGAAAGAUGAGACAUGGGAGAGAAAGGGCGGCGGCCAAGAAACAAUAACAGUAGACCAACCUUUUGAAUGUUUUGAGACGCAGCCAUGCAACUUUAAUAUAAGUACCUCCAUGAGAGAAACUGCAUAUUUCACUGAAAUCUAAGCCACAUCUGAUCAUUGAACCAAUGUCAAAUGACUGUCCAAGUAUGAGCAAACAACAUGACAUAUUUCAACCUGCAUGCCUGGUGUAAUUUGUCAAACGUCUGAAUAUCCUUCUAUUGUGUAUUAAAGACAAGCAGGAAAACAGACCAUAGGAACAUGCAUUAUUGUAAAUUUUAAAUGGUGACUAAAGGAUACUGUGUAAAAAGAAGGCAACUAUUGUUCCUGUGUGUGCCAUAAAUCUUAAAUUGGCAAUUAUGUUGCAACUUGCUUUAGUUGAGUGAGAGCUGUUGAAUAAUGUCCAUCACACAUGGCUUCAGCCAUGCUGUCUUCCUGCCAUGAAGUGCAAUACUGUGCUGAUAGAAAGGACUGCUUAUUAUAAAGUUUUGGAGCAGAUACAUUCUCUCUAGUGGUCAGUUCAAGUCCAAAUAAUCAAGGUCAAUUCAAAUGACUGACGACAAGGUGAGUUUAAAGUAGCAAUGGCUACAUCCAAUCACUGCUGAGAGAGAGAGAGAGAGAGAGAGAGAGAGAGAGAGAGAGAGAGAGAGAGAGAGAGAGAGAGAGAGAGCAUCCUGUCUUCUUCCAAUGAGAGCAGCCUGCUGCGUGGUGCUGCUUCGUUUCCGUGCAGCCCUCCCUGGCGAUGAUGUAAUGUCAUGAAUAUUGAAACAGGUUGCUUGGUGGUCGGGAGGCGCUAGAGUCAGCAUCCCUUCUGCCUCCCCAUCACCACUACCCUUCAGCAUCCGACAAAACACCCAGAAAAAGCUACAGGGACACGCGUGAGGGGGAUGGAUGUUGUUCAGGAUGAGCUGAGCCUCUGACACCAUGAUGAACCCAUCCUCUGCCGACUCGCCGCGGCAGCCAGACAAUAGCAGCCGAAAGCAGCAGCGGUCGUCGUCUCCGGCUGGGCUCAAAGACAGUGGAUCUAAAGCUACACAGAAGGGCAGCAACUCGUCAAAGCUCAUCACAUCAAAGCAGGGAGGAGGAGGUGGAGGAGGAGGAGGGGGAGGGAGAAGCAGCCGAGGUCAUUCUCCCGUUUCCACAGGCAGGGAGCGGCAGGCCGGAGGCGCUCCUGCCACCAGAGGCGCGGCUGCUGUCCAGGCUGCUGGUGCUGAAAGCCCGACACUGAGCAGGCCCGCGGCGGCGGCGGCAGACCGAGGCGGCAUCCAGACACCGGAAGACUCCCCCCGCCUUGCCGUUGAUGCCUCCUCGCCCUCCAGGACAGACACGAACCGCGUCGUCUCCGACCAGCCCUGCGCAUCCAAAUCCCCCAAACUGAGGAGCAAAAAUCCGAGAGGAGGGGAGGCCGUCGCGGCGACAAGCGGAAACAAGAAGAGCUCUAAAGGCACAGUAGGCUGCGGACCCGGUUUCUGGAAGGAGGGAUGUUUGCAAUCCGAGCUAAUACAGUUUCACUUGAAUAAGAGCUUAGGGAAGAAAGGGACAAAAAUGCAGACGAAAUCAGCAUCUCCACCGGCCUCAGAGCCGGAGCUGUCCCCCGAGCCCGACAAUCCACAGCCAGCUCCACAGCCAGACCAGAGACUGCAGGAAGAGAUAGAGAGGCUGGAGGAUGAAAACGAGGAUCUAAAGAAUGAAAUCGAGGAGAUGCGGGCAGAGAUGGAUGAGAUGCGGGACACCUUCUAUGAGGAGGACGCCUGCCAGCUUCAGGACAUGCGCAGAGAGCUGGAGAGAGCCAACAAGAACUGUCGGAUCCUCCAGUACAGACUUAAGAAAGCCGAGAGGAAGAGGCUCCGGUUCGCAGAAAGUGGCCAGGUGGAUGGAGAGCUGCUCAGAAGUCUGGAACAAGACCUGAAGGUGGCGAAGGAUGUGUCUGUGCGCCUGCACCAUGAGCUGGAGAAUGUGGAGGAGAAGAGAACUAAGACAGAAGAGGAGAAUGAGAAGCUGAGGCAGCAGCUGAUUGAAGUGGAGGUCACUAAGCAGGCCCUGCAGAAUGAGCUGGAGAAAGCUAAAGAGCUCUCACUGAAAAGAAAAGGGAGUAAGGAUGGACAGAAAGCAGAGAGAAAGACUCCACAGACCCCAGUUGAGGAAGAAAAUGAGGAUCUGAAAUGUCAACUAGCCUUCAUCAAGGAGGAAGCCAUCUUGAUGAGGAAAAAGAUGGCAAAGAUUGAUAAGGAGAAAGACCGACUGGAGCAGGAGCUGCAGAAGUACCGCUCCUUCUAUGGGGAUGUGGAUAGCCCUCUGCCUAAAGGUGAAGCAGGAGGACCUCCCACCACCCGUGAAUCGGAGCUGAAGCUCCGCUUACGCCUGGUGGAGGAAGAGGCAAAUAUCCUGGGGAGGAAGAUUGUGGAACUAGAGGUGGAGAACAGGGGCCUGAAGGCUGAGUUGGAUGACAUGAGGGAGGACAGCAUGGCGGCAGCAGGAGUGGAUAGCUCUGGCAGUGGAGGUCAGCAGUGCAGAGAGCAGAGCGAGGCCCUGUCAGAGCUGAGGCAGCAGCUUCAGCUGGUAGAAGAUGAGGCAGAACUUCUUCGCAGGAAUUUAGCAGAUGUGGAAGAAGAGAACAAAAAGGUGACAAGUGAACUCAAUAAACUGAAGUACAAGGCUGGAUCCCAUGAAGCUGGAUCGAGACAUGGAGGAGGAGGAACUGACCCCGCUAAGGUGGAGGCCCUCCAGGAGGAGCUGAAAGCAGCACGUCUGCAGAUCAAUGAACUCAGCGGCAAAGUUAUGCAGCUCCAGUAUGAGAACCGUGUGUUGCUCUCCAACAUGCAGCGCUAUGACCUUGCCUCCCACCUGGGCAUCCGGGGCAGCCCGCGGGACAGUGACGCGGAGAGCGACGGAGGGCGGGACGACGACACCCCCUCGGCCUCUGCUUCCUCCCCUCGUCUCUUACCGCCCCACCGCAAGCGCGAGGGCCCCAUUGGAGGGGAGAGUGACUCAGAUGAGGUGAGGAACAUCCGCUGCCUCACCCCGACACGUUCCCUGUACUCACCUGUGGACAGCCGUUUUUUAUCCAGAAGCCUGAAGGACCGGCAGCAGAUGAUAGACAUCCGCAUAGAGGCAGAGAGGCUGGGCCGGACCAUCGACAGGCUCAUUGCUGACACCAGCACUAUCAUUGCUGAGGCCCGAGUAUAUGUUACUAAUGGAGAGCUGUUUGCCAGGCUGGAUGAAGAUGAAGAAGGUGGCAGGAUCAGAGAGCAUGAGCUGCUGUAUCGUAUCAACGCCCAGAUGAAAGCCUUCAGGAAGGAGUUGCAGAGCUUCAUAGACCGGUUGGAUGUCCCCAAGCAGGAGGACAAACAGGCAGAGGAGCCACUGUCUAUGUUCCAGCCCAUUAUUUUGCUGAUCCUCAUUCUUGUUCUGUUUUCCUCACUCUCUUAUGCCACCAUUUUUAAAUUGGUAUUCCUUUUCACCCUCUUCUUUGUUCUGUAAAGCACACACUCAGUAUCAUAUUCUGUACAUUUUUGUUAUUUCUUUUUUACUUUACUUUUUUUUCAUUCAUUUCAAUACUUUUAUGUUGAACACAUCACAUGUCACAAGGUCACUCAAGGUACAGGACAUUAUCAUUUUCCACGUAUGACCCAAGCCACCCAUGUACUCAGAUGCUUCAAUGCUUACUGGAGAGCAAACACAGCGGAGCAACAGUGGAGUGUUAGGGAGGGGAGAACAGGAGGAUUCUGCUGGAUCUGAAGACAGUUUUGGAGGAAGUGCAGGCGGAGGUGAAGAGAGAGGAGGAGAAGAGGAGCGAG